AUGAUGCGUGUGGUGGUCACCCCUCGUGGUCUAGUUAACAAAAACUCUAAGGCUAAGGUGACCACAGGAGUUGAGGUAACACCAGCAGUGGCUAGGAUCAACGGCCGACCGGUCCUUCAACCUACAUGUAAUCGUGUUCCUACGCUCGAAAGGCGUAAUUCUCUGAAGAAAACAGAACCAAAGUCUCUUCCUCCACCACCACCACCACUACCUCCACCAACUUUUGCUAGUAAAACCAACAAGGCCUCACCUCCUUUAUCCCCUAAGUCGAAGUCUCCAAGAUUACCAGCUAUUAAGAGAGGAAGUGAUGCCAAUAGCUUGAAUUCAAGUUCUGAGAAGGUCGUGAUCCCAAGAAGCACUACAAAGAAACCAACUUUAGAGAGAAAGAAGUCAAAAAGUUUCAAGGAAAGCAGUGUUGGGGGUGGAGUGCUUUCUUCUUCUACUGAGGCAUCAGUGACUUAUUCGUCUUCGUUGAUUGUUGAGGCACCAGGAAGCAUUGCCGCGGUCAGGAGAGAACAAAUGGCACUCCAACAUGCACAAAGAAAGAUGAGAAUUGCUCAUUAUGGAAGAUCAAAGUCUGCCAGGUUUGAAGAUACAGUUGUUCCUGUUGAUUCUUCAAUCAGUGUGACAACAAAGCCUGAUGAAGAAGAAAAGAGAUGCAGUUUUAUCACAGCAAAUUCAGAUCCUAUCUAUGUUGCUUACCAUGAUGAAGAAUGGGGAGUUCCGGUCCACGAUGACAAGAUGUUAUUUGAAUUGUUAGUUCUAAGUGGCGCCCAGGUUGGUUCAGAUUGGACUUCAAUCUUGAAGAAACGUCAAGAUUUCAGAGAUGCGUUUUCAGGAUUUGAUGCAGAAAUUGUGACCAGCAUUACUGAAAAACAAAUGAUGUCAAUCAGUGCAGAAUAUGGGAUUGAGAUUAGCCGAGUUCGAGGUGUUGUGGACAACUCUAACAGAAUGCUUGAGAUCAAAAAGGAGUUCGGAUCAUUUGAUAGAUAUGUAUGGACAUUUGUCAAUAACAAGGCUAUCUCCACCCAAUACAAAUUUGGGCACAAGAUUCCAGUGAAGACAUCAAAAUCAGAAACUAUAAGCAAAGAUAUGGUUAGGAGGGGGUUUAGGUUUGUUGGUCCGACGAUGGUUCAUUCGUUCAUGCAAGCAGCAGGGUUAACCAACGACCACUUGAUCACCUGCCAUAGGCACCUUCCAUGCACCUUAAUGGCAGCCCGCAGGCCUACCGAGGCACAAACUGAUCAAUAG